GACGCCUCCGGGGGUUUUUCGGACCCCUGUUAGGCCUUGGGCUCCUCCAGAGCUCUGUCAUAGGCCGACCGAUUGGGGCCGCCCCUUCGGGUCUGGGUACCACCUAGCGUGACCUCCGACCUCUGACGUGGUGCCGGGUACUGGCUAAGGCCAGCCCUCCCCUGCCGGUGUGGACUGUGGCGGCGGCCAUGGAGCUAGGCAGCUGCUUCCAGACCUACGAGGAGUUCAUGGAGUGCUUCAGCGCCUACAAAAAGGAGACCAGGUGCUCCUACGUGGUCAGGGACUGCGUCUCCGUCCGCUUCCACAACUACAAGUACGGCGUGUCUCUGCGUGAGGACAUCCUAUACGUGCAGGUGAAAUUUGUCUGUGUUCGGACCCAGUCAAAUGGCAAGAGAAGACGGGAGGUGGACAGGUGCCCUGCAUUUUUGCUCCUGCAGUACAACCAGAAGCUAGAUAGACUAGUUAUCAGUAAACUGAACACCCAUCAUGUCCAUGCUGAUUUUAAAACUGCUGAUCCUAGCGGAGACCCCAGUGGCAAAUCUCAAAAGACAGUGUGUCUGCAGAAACUCCAGCCAUUGCAGCUCACAGUCAAGAAUGACCCUGAUGCAGCAGAGACGCCCCCAGUAGAACCAUCAUUUUGCCUAGAUAAGACACAGGUGCCCUCCGAACCAGAGCAGAAGGUCAUCACUCCUUCCGACCUGGCCAGGAUAGCAAAAGUGAUGAAGAACUUUCUUACAGUAGAUGCGGGUUCCAUGGCCUCCUUCAGUGUGGGUACCAGCCAAGACUUGGACCGACUCAGCUUCCAAAGCAGCAAGAUGAGUGACCUGUUCACCCGCUUCCCAGAGAAUCUCUUGCUGCACCGAGUGGAGAACACCCAGGGCCAUGUCCUAUAUGCCUUCUUAGUGGAGAACAAGGAACGAGAGAGCCGAGUGGUACACUUUGCUGUGCUUAAGGUGGAGACCACCUCCUCUGUAGCCAAGAUGCUUAGUAUCUUCACAGAAUUCAACUCUGAUUGGCACAAGGUCAAGGUGGUCUUUGUAGACCCUUCAUUCCCUCAUUGGGCCAUUCUGCAGGAGAUCUUUCCUGCUACCCGCAUCCUCCUUUCCAUCUACCACACAACUCGCCUCCUAGAGAAGAAGUUACAUCAGAGUUCAGUAAAUGCAUCCUUUAAAAGGCUCAUGAAGGAAGCCCUGCGGGAGGCUGUGUUUGUCUCUUCUGAUGCCCACCUAAAAAAUCUCUGUCAGAUGUCCCGAGCCCUACUCGACGAAGAUCUCUUCAGGUUCCUGCAGACCCAUUGGUUCUCCUGUGAACUUCUGUGGUACAUGCAUGUUAGGAAAGGCCUGCAUGCUUGUAGUACAUAUAUGGACAGCCUGGACAUAGUCACCAGCAAGGUGUCAAGCCUCUUUCGUGAACAGAAGUCCUUACUGGACUGCAUCUUUCACUUUGUGGAUUACAUAGACUUCUUUAACACCAAUGGCGUGAAGAACUUGCCCACAGCUACUCCCAAGUUAAAGAGAACCCGGCCUCCAAGCAUGCCACUAAAUGCCAAGAAACCAUUUGAAAUCUGUGAAGGGAGUCUCCCCAGCCUUCCUGUGGAAGAGACAAAGCCAGACUCACAGCAGGUUCUGUUGCUGCAGCAGCCUCGGGUGCAGUCCCCCAAGUGUGACAUGCUAGACAUUUUGCACCAAAGUGGCUCUGAACUAGCCUACAGGCUGUGCCAUAAUGAGUGGGAGGUGGUACAGAAGUCCACCCACCUGGUGGACACGGCUGGUACCUCAGUGGCUGUUCAACUGUUGGAGGAUUCUCACCAGGUGAGCAAAGAUGGCAGUAGCUGCAGCUGUUCCUUUCAACAGUGGUACCACUUGCCAUGCCGGCACAUUUUGGCCUUGUUGUACACCAGCCAGCAGCCAGUAGGGGAAGCCAUGGUGUGCCGCCGGUGGCAGAAGAAGUAUCAGCAUCUUAUUGGGCCCAAUGGGGAGCUUCAGGACCAAGGUGUGACCCCAAACACAGAUCAGCCUGAAAAGCCAGGUCGGGACGACAUGAUCCAGGACCUAAGCAGCGAGCUUGCAAACCUGCUACUGCAGACUGAGGGGCCAGAGCUGGAGGAGCGCUGCUCCACCCUGCGCAAGAUUAUAGACAUCUGGGCUGGCCCCUGCCAGUCACUGGAGUCCAUUCAGAGGCUCGGGGACUUUAAGGAUGUGGGCUUCCUCCCUUUCCUCUGGGAAAAGCAGGAGGAAGGAGAUAACCUUUCCUCUGCUGAAGCCACAGUUCAUGAUUGAAGUCUUUGUACUAAUGUACUGGACCACAAAACCCUCUCCCUGGACACUUCAGAGUUCAAAAUGGGCAGGUCAUACUGUGGGUCAGCAUUUUAAUCAAUGUCUUCCUGGAUAGGGCUAAAAAGAUUGUUAAAUCGGGGGGAGGGCCCCACUACAACCUUAGUUUAGCCUGUCCCUUUUCAGCCCUACCUUUGGCAUUCUGUAGACACCUCAUUUAUUAUUCAAAGCCAAAGUUGUCACCAUACUGAAAGGUUACUCCCCCUUAACUCCUCCAGCCCCAGAGCUCAGAUCAUAGUCACCCUCCAGAAAUGAAACUCUGCCCAGGAUAGGAUGAGACAAGAUGAGCUUGGGCAAAGGAUCUGUUCAGGGACAAAGGGGAAAGGGGGGUGGGGUGAUCCUUACCUGUUGCUGCUCUUUAUGAAGAAUCUGUUACGUGUAUUUUUUUUUCACACAUUAAAUAAAGUUGGCUUUGUUUUGUUUUGUUUUGAAACAGGGUCUCAUGUAGCCCAGGCUGGCCAUAACUCUUUUCUAAUGGGGUCUGGAGCCAAGUUAAACCUGAUACCUAUUAGCAGUAUACCGCGUACUUGGUCCUCUUCCUACCAUCUAAUCCUUCAACAAUGUCGUCAGGUUGCCUUAUAUUAAGUCUAGCUGAGGCCACAUAGACAGAAAUCCAAAUCCUACACUUGACUGCCAAUCACCCUCUAGGAAGCUAUGGGCAAGUCCCUAAUUAUCUUACUCAUUUUAUCUAUCUACUUACCUACCUAUGUGUCUCUAAUAAUCUUACUCAUAUUAUCUAUCUACUUGCCUACGUACUUAUAUUUUAGAGGCUUAGGUCUUGCUAGGUUUCUGAAGAUAACCUGAAACUCUUAUUUAUUUUAUUAACAAGUUCUAUAAUUGUAGAAAAUACCCCAUAGUAAUUCCCUCCCUCCCCCCACUUUCCCCUU